CUCGUCCCCUCAUCCCCUCAUCCCCUCUCCUCCCUCGUCAGGCCCAAUUCGCAACAGUCAUCCAUCAUGCGUCUCUUCGCACUUCCGCCCGCGGCAGCCCUACUCGCCGCCGCCGCCGCUUUCAUCACAGGCGCCACCGUCAAAGCCGACACCCCCACAACCGGACAUGUGAGACCUGCUCCGGACGGCUACGCCGCUUACACCGCUGCCUGCCAAGCCGCUCAAGCGAAACUCCCCUGCAAGGGUCUUAUCUCAGAAUUCUGGGGCUUUGGAAACUUCAGCGUCACUUUCGGCUAUUGCGAAGCCUGCGGAGAAGCAUACAUUCCCAUUGUCAUGCCAGGCAUGACGGACUGCACCCCGGUCUACAAAGCGUCCUCGCCAACGUUUGACAGCUCCUGUACGAACGCUUGCAAGGCUCUGGGUCUCAUUCUCGGUGGCCCGGUCAAUGAUUACAGGGGGGAUGUUGCGAUCUGCGAUUGCCAGUCGCGUAAUUCCACUGAAAAGAUUGUGCCGCGCUUGGCAAAUGAGCCUACCUGGCCCUGGGACAACUCUACCUUGGCCGGCGGAGCCAAUGAUGGCUCCAGCGCUUCUACCUCUGCUUCUCCAGUUGCGCAAAAGUCAUCUGCUGCAGACCCCGGCCUCUACUCGUUUGGCGCCAGCGCCGCCGCUCUCCUGGGUGCCGUCGUGCUGGGCAUGGCGUUGGCGUAGAUGAUAUGUAAAAUACCCUUUGCAUUAGAACAGACAAGUGCUAAGAACGAGGUAGAGUCUUCACCAUAGAUCUGGAGUAGCAACAGUACGUAGGUGGCCAGAGUGGCCGGUGGCCAAAAGUAGUCAGCGCUCACAUAUGUACGUUUGCGCAGUCGUGUCGCCAGACAGCUGCUGAACUACCAUCCGUCAUGUUUGAACCCCCCGGGUUCUGAAUAUGAACAUGGAACCCCAACAAUUGUAGUACAUUAUGUGCACAGGAGGCUGCGUGUCAAAACUCUCUCAUUGCUUUUCAAUUACUACAACAAAAACAAAG